UCAACAACUUACCGACUGAAGCAAAAAACAUAAAAAUACUUCAUUUUGAGAACUGAACUUCGAAUAUAUUGACUCGAAAAAUUGCUGUCAAAAACGUAAUAUAUACGGAAACGCGGUGCUAGCACUUCUCACAACACAGGAGCUUUGACCCUAUUUGUAUUAGAACCUUUGUUUCUGUGUUAUUUAGUUAUGUUGUGGACGAUCUCAGGGAGCAAGUUGAAAGAUGAGCGCCAGCCAGCGGACGGGCGUCAGUCCAGCGUCAGAGGAAGCGUGCCGAAGAAGUUAGUGAUACCAGCGGCUGCCGGGGCAUUACUGCUCUGUGUGGGCGCGUACUACUUUGCCACGCGGACGCCUGGUGCCGACACUCAUGUCGCGCGAGAUUUCGAGAAGAUACUUACCGAGGUUUGCCGAGCCCCAAAAAUCCCUAUUCCUGACUACACGGGAGUGGAAACGUUCUUCGAGUUUCUGAUGAACCCCGACGUAAAUUUCUGCUACUCCUGGAUAGAGUUUGGCGGCGAGAAACUGCCUCUCGCUUCGCAAAGCGAGGAAGAAUGCAACGAUGAAGUUCGUAAGGCGAAAUUCAUGUGCUUCAACGACGAGUUUGAGAUGAACUUGGACCCUUGCCUGGUCUAUUCUUUUGCUAAGGACUUGGACAGUCAGUUCGAGCGAGACAUGCACCUCUUCAGCUGCGAGACUCAUGUCUUUGAUACCCAGAUUGAAGAAGGCGAACAUGUUCAGCGAUCCGAGUUCUGGUACGAACACCGUUGGGACAUAUCCGAGUUUCCUUACGAUUUGCCUCCUGGAGAGAAGCUAAACCCUGCCAAAAAUGAAGAUAAUUCAAAUUUGCCGACGCUUCGAAGGUCUAUGGACUUCAUCACGACGAUGCUUAACCACAAAGGUCGAGAGAUCAAGUUCGUGAAAAGCGACUUGCUAGGACGGGAAUGGAUCCUGCUGAAACAGAUCAUCACAUACCACGACUUUGCUGACUUCAGACAGAUUGGACUUCGGGUGCACUUACCUCCAAAAACGAGGUCGAUGUCAACCAAAGAGCGCCACGAUACAUAUUUGCAACUCUACCAAACUUUCCAGGGGCUGUCGUGUCUAGGGUACAGGUACGUCAUGAGCAGACCUAUCAAGUACUACAAGGGAGGCGUGCGAGUGCCCGAGAUGAACAGAACCUUCUACCCAGCCUACGAAAUCAACUUCGCCAAAGAUUUGAACUUUGUAAAAGAUACAAAAGCUUCCACAACCGUAAAUUAAGUGCGUAUAGGUCGAUGAGAAAACAAACAUCCGACGACACGACGCUGGUAUAAAUGAAUAAAAUUAAUUAUGAAAAGGUGCUUUUUGUUAUAAAUGCCUUUAGAAAUAG